CUUCAAUUUUUUAUUUAUUAUAUUUUAUCUAUAAUAGUUCACUCGUUCCUUGUACCAAACAUAUGACAUUUCUCUCAUAUAACAUAACAUAGUACAGAAGUGUUAAACUGCUAGUCGCGAGUGUACACUUAGUUACUUAAGUAUUUAAAUGUGUAGUUGCACGUGUGAACUGUUCAUGGUGAACUCCACUAUAUACUAUAUAUACUAGAGUUAUUCAUGGUGGGAGAGAAUCGACUGAUCGAGAAGAGUCAAUUGUGAGAAGAAAAGUUUGACAUCAUUGAUGUAGUAUACAUAUUACAGCAUAAACAUAACCUACAGUAUACGAAUAGUAAACAAACGGAGUAUAUUUACUUUUAUUUAUUUGGAGUAACAAAAAGUAUCAAUCUAUGAUUUUGUCAUAUUUAUAUAAUAUUUUGAAGUUUAAAAAAUGGGAGUUGUUUUUCUUCGCGACAGUUUUUCUUGGUUUAAAAUGGUCAAAAAUGACUACAUUUCGACCAGAUAUAAAUCAUUUAACAGAAUUACAUAAAUGUCCAGCAUGUUUCGGUACUUCUGCGUGUAAUUAUAUUCAUGAAGUAGAUCUUACAUCGUACGAUUUAUAUUCAAUGUUUUCUUACUUCUUUGGAGUGAAAAAUGUUUUUUUUGGUCAAUUAAAUGGUGAUCAUAUUGUAUUAAAAAAGUUAGCACACUCACAUGAAUUAGAUAAAUUUGAUCAAAUGCUUUGUGAAAACAAUAAUUUAUUACAUAUUUGCCCAAAGAAUUUAAAGGAAACAACAAAUGAAAAUAACAAUGUAAACUUCUAUGAGCUUAUUAAACGGGAAGUCACUUUAGAUUUUGCAAAAGACAAUUUUAGUCAUUUAAGACUUUGUCCUAAUGAACAACAUUUAAGCAAACUUUUAAAACGUAUAUAUCUUAAUAAUAAAUAUAUUAAUAAAAAAAUGCUUGAUAUUAACAUUUGGACAUCAAUAAUUCUUAAUCCAGAACCUUUACUUCUUCAGAUAUUAUCUGCUGAUGAAAAUUGGCCAGUACCAAAGUAUUUAGGUGCAUGCGGUCGCAUCAUAAUUGAAGAAUAUGUUGGAUUACCAUUAACAGCAUAUUAUUACAAGCCAUGGAUACAGAGAGCUAAAAUAACUUCUAGUCUUUUAAAUGCUGCUUAUAUCCUUACUUAUCAGAACAAUGACUUCAGCUUUUAUUUGACUGAUAUAUCAGCUGACAAUAUAGCAGUUGAUUCAAAUAAUAUUGCAAAGUUUAUAGAUUUAGAAAAUGUAAUAGUUGUUGAUAAAAAUAUCAAGCCUGAUGAAAAAUUUGAAAUGUGGAAUAGGUUACAAGAAAAUACUGAAAACAUUACGUGUUCAGGAUGUUUAAUAUAUUCAUCUGCUGAUAUAUGUAGUCACAAAAUUAGUGAUCACAAUUAUUAUGCAAUAUGUAAGAUGUUAUUAGCAUUUGAUACAAAUGAUGGUAUAUUACCAGGUGGUUUUUUACAUAAUACACCCAUGCAUAUACAGAACGUAUAUCCUAAUAUACAAAAUUUAAUAAAGCAAUGCAUUUCUCCUGUGAGACCAUUUACCAGGCUAACAGCAGGAAUGCAACUUAAACAGUUAUUAGAUACUAUAGUAGAGGAUAACAAUGAAAAUACAGAUAAAUUAAAUAGCAAAGACUAUAAUUAAUAACAGUAUAAAGUAUGUACAAAAUAAUAAUACAAAAAUGUCAUACAAUGUAAAA